UGUAAUUUACACUUGUUGCAUUCACUUAAGUAUAGAGAUCGCUGCAGUAUUUUUCAAUGUAACAUUUCAUGUUCAAUAACAAGUAGAAUAUAAACAAAGUCACUACUAGUAAAUAUAAAAAAGUUUAUUUUGAAUACAAGAUGGUUAAAAAUGUUACAAAAAUCCUUGAUAUUUCGUGGAAAUUUGGUGUAACUGCAGCGAGUAAUGAGUCUGACAACAUGGGAAAAUCAUUUCUGCAUUUAAAAUUAAAUUUAGAAGAAAAUGGCAAAACUAGGAAUGUUUUUGUAGAAAUGACAAUCAGUGAAUUUUAUAAAUUUCUACAUGAUCUAGAAAAAGCAAAAUGUAAUCUUGAUCUAUUAGUUUGAAUUUAAAAUAUUUGAUUAUAAGUUAAUUCCCUAACAUGGUUAUAUUUUUACAAAAAUACUUCAAUUGUACAAGUGCAAUAUUACGUUAAAUAAAAUAGUACAACUAAAAAAUGAUUAUUUACAAAUGCGUAAUCUACUAUGACUAGUUUG